AUGACUUUGCUGUACUACGCGUUCAUGAAGACAAAGGAACAAGAUGCGUGCAGUUCAAGUCUCGCAUUCUUUUCCGAGAAAAAGAUCAAUACGCUCUCGGAGCUUCUCGGAAACGACGCCCUACGCCGGCUUAUCGAAGCCCUGGAAAGUAUCAUCAAAACACGUCUGCUAGUCCGGAGUGGCAGCGGCUCAACAAUAUCACCAGUCACGUUCAUGAAACCCUCUAGAGUAGAAGAGAUCCCGCGAGACGUUGCAGCCUCAUAUGUCGAUGCAUACUUCCAAAAUCUGCACUCAAUGUACCCCUUCCUGAACCAGCGAGACUUCAAAGAAAGGGCAUUGGGACCGAAUGUUCAGGAACUCCUCAAAGCUAACCCAGCUUUCGCUGCUCUUUAUCACACAGUGCUUGCUUUGGGCUGUCAGUAUCAUGACGGUGGCACCUGGGAGCCAGGAAAGGGAGAAGCCUGGAAGCACUUCCAGGUCGCCCUUGGACUAAUUGCGGAAAUUUUAUUACCCCGUGAGCAGUUGACAGGGCUUCAGGCUCUCGUAGCCAUGUCGAUUUUCGCCAUGAACACAUGUUGUCUCCAAAUCGACGAAGUUUUGAUCACAGAAGCUGCUCGCAUGGCUCAAGGGCUUCGUUAUCACAAGGCAGUCUGGAAUGAAGAGGGCACGUAUACUGCGACUUGUCGGCGCACUUUUUGGGUUAUUUACAACAUGGAAAAGCACAUGUGCUUUCACAGUCAAGUGAACUCUAUCAUCGCAGACUAUGACAUUGGGUGUCCUGUACCAGAUAUACCCGAGGCCAUCUACGGAGACUUCAACUGGUUCCUAUCCGCUAUCCGCUUCAGUCGCAUUCUUUCUCAAGCUUAUGUUUCCCUGUUCUCGGUAAGCGCUACCAUGAAAUCGCAGGAAUCCUAUUACUCUGCCAUCGACCAGAUCCAAGGCCGCCUUGAAAGCUGGAGAUUAGCAAUCCCCGAAAGCUUUAGGCCGGGCCUACACCCUCAUUUUGAUACUUUUUCAAACUCUGGCACGAAAAUGCCCGCGAUUUAUACCCAUUUGAGAUAUUACAGUCUGGUCAUUGCGUUGGCCAGACUCACCUUGUAUCUGAGUGCAAAUGAGACCUCUCCUAGGACGGAAGAGAAUAAGAGGACCCUAAUGAUGGCAGCAAGGAUGGUCAUUGAGUUGAUUCAGUUUGUGGACACAGCACCACAUACACCUAUCUUUAUCCUCUCUAUUAUGCCGCUUGUGGCUAUGUUCAUUCUAUUCGAUUUCGUGGUGCACAAUCCGAGACAUGCGGAAACGAGAGAUAAUCUCGCGCUCCUUGAAGUUGCAGCUGGACAUUUUAGUUUACAAGAGUAUAAAUCAAGGGGAGUGAUGCCAUCUUCACUUGUCGGUGAAUUUUCCCAUAUUGCACGACAAUAUGUGCGAGACAUCGAAACCCGGAGCCACCUACAAUCGACCAUGUCUCUCCGUCAGGCCACAGGUGCUAUGGCAGAGCGUGUCAGUGAUGAUGCGACUGAAACAGGGAAUAAUUUGAACGGACAGCGAGAAGGCAACCUGGACCACGAAUAUUUCGCCGAAUGGGACGGACGAAACGACUUCUUAUGCUACCCUAUCACACCGGAAAAUAUGGGGCAUGCUCCCGAUGAUAACCCGGCCCUCGGUGGGUAUGAUCUUCGUACUCUCUUUGGCUCUCUUAUCCCCGAAGCUUGCUUUGCAGAUGGAGCAACGGGAGAGACCUUUGUUUCAGACCCGCUCUUUGAGUCCAGAUCCUUUAGUUAG